AGGGCCCGCACGGCCUCGCCCGCCCCUUCCGGCGCGACAGCCAUGGCGGAGCCGGCAGGGCCUUUCUACCGGCUGCAGGCCGGGUCGUGCCGGUACCUGUGCUACUGCCGGCCCGGCGGCAGUGUCCACGUGACCGAUGCGCUGGAGGUGUGGGCUGGGACGCUCGGCGUCCCCCCGGAGCUGGGCUGCCGCUGCCAGCCGGAGGAGCACGGCGCGAAGCUCAGGGAAGCCCUGGGGCGCGGCGCGGCCUCGUUGAGCCCGGGGAAGGCCCCGGGCACGCUGCGGCUGCAGGGGGAUGCUCCGUGCUCGGCCCUGGAUCUCCGGCCGCUGCCCGCCGAGGAGGCGAGGAGCCAGCUGCGGGCGCUGCUGUUGGGCAUGGCGGGGCGCAUCGAGAGCCUGGAGAGACGCCUCAGCGUGGUGGAGACACUGGCGUCUUCCUGCAGCCCUGAGAAGAAUCCAUCCCAGAACCAGCAGCAGUUCCUGCCAGACCCCAAGCCUUGGAAGAACAGGGGUGCUGGCUCUGCUUUGCCAGCCAGGAGGAAGAUCCCAGGGGAGUCUCUCAUUAAUCCUGGCUUUAAAAGCAAGAAGGCACCGUCUGGAGUAGACUUUGAGGACUCCUGACCUGUGCUGCCCUACCAGAGCCUGGCCAACUGCGGCUCUGGCAGCUGGAGGUUUCACUUGCACCUGGGGAGACAGAUGGACCAGCAGGACCCAGAGGGCUGGCUUUGUUCCCUGCAGGUCUUCCCUGCUGGCAGGGGCCACCUCCCUACCUCGCUUGCCAUGAAUUUGUGGGGUUUUUAAAGAACUUUUAUAUUGCCAUGUAACUAAAAGAUUGCCUGUGCUUAUUGCCAGUAAAGACACGUUUAGCCAGCUGGUCUCUGGGGACCAGGACACCA